AUGAAUAAACUAUAUGCUUGUAUUUUAUUUUUAGUAUGGAGAAAUUACAGUAUAAGCGGAGAAUUAACCAACGUGGAAAACUAUGUACAGGAUAAAAGUAUAAUUUUACAUGAAUCCCAAGAAAAUGGUAAUACAUCGAAUGGAAAUUUAAAAAUUGGAAAAGUGGAAAAGGAUGAUAAAAGUAAUAUUGUAAAUCAACAUAAAAUUGAAGUUCCUUUUACAAUAAAUACAGAAACAGAGGGGAAAUUAGCUUCUAAGGAUCCAAUAAAUAAUGAAAAUCCGAAUUUACCAAUCGAUAGGAAUAACGAAAAGGUGGAAAUUGGUGUACCUGUUGAAGAAGAGAAAAAUGUCUCACAAAAAAAUGGCGCAAAAACUGAAAAAAUAGAAACAGAUGAAGAUAAUAUAAGCAAGGGAUUUAAAGACAAAAUACAUGAAUACAAUAGAAGCGCAUUACAUAUUAUGAAUACGACAAAAGUAUCUAAUAAAUAUGAAGAUAAAUUUGAUAAAAUAUUAAAUUUUUAUUAUGAUGAUUUAUUAGAAAAAGAAAAAAACAAAAAUGAAAGAGAAACAAAUAAUAGUAUUAUACUAAAAGAGGUUAACAAAGAAACAUUAUUAAAUUUUAAUGACCUGAAAGACGAAAUUACGCAAAAAAAAAGUGAACCAACUGGUGAAACAAUUACAAAAUACGUUAAUACAUUAUUGAAAGAUGGAGAAAUGGUACUCAAACUGAAUACUAACAAAUUUUUUAAUAGAAUGUUUAAAUUAAUUGUGCGCGAAAAACUUAUGUAUACAGUGUGUUAUAAUGAAAAAAUAUCAAAAAAUGGAAGAACAACGAAAAACGAAGAAGAAAUUUCUGAGAAUGUCUCGACAGAUGGUUCUAAUAAUCGGAAAAUGUCGAAUAAACAAUGUGGAGAAAAUUGCUUUUUAUCUAGAUUCAGAAAAGAAAUAAUAUAUAAAGAAGAAGAUAUAUACAAUUAUUAUGUUUCUUUAGAGAAAUUAUUCAAAAAAAGCGAAAUAUAUAUGAAGACUGAUAUGAUAUCAAAAUAUUUUAAAUUUUACCCCACCAAAAAAAUAAUAUAUAAUUUUGAAAAUGUAAUAAAUAAUAAUAUUUUUAUAGAAUCAGUUAGAUCUAUAUUAUUUGAUUCGUAUAAAAAUGAUGAAAAAAGCAUUUACACAAGUUUUGCUGUUGUAGUAGAUUCAUUAUUUUCACUAAUAAGAGAAGAAGCCAUAAUAGAAGAUAUGCGUGUAUAUAUAGAACGAUUUUUUAAAGAUAUUGGUUUAUUAAAUCAAAAGGUUUUAACUUUUUUAAAGACUGAAUUAUUUAAUGAAUCUAUGCCAUAUCAAGUUCCUAAUUUGACUAAAAAAAACUUUGAACAUAUUUUAGUAAAAAUUUAUUUGCGAUCGGUUUUAGAAAACAUUCUAAAUAAAAAAAUAUCACAUCGUAUAGGAAAUAAAGAAAUUCAUUUAAAAUUUAGCUUUAUUGAUAAUAGUGAAACUAUAGAUUCUGGUGAUUUAGACAAAAUAGUAAUGGAAGAAAAUCUCCCUUCAAAUGCAUCUGAACAAGACGUUUUAUGUAAAUUUAUUCCGAUAAAAAAGAGAUUAAUAUACGAUAAAUUAAACAACACACUGAAAAUAGCAGAGAAUGCUGUUCUGGAUUAUCUAUUUAAGAUGUUAUUGCAAAAAAUACACAAGUUUGCUACGGAAUAA